ACCAUGCAUUGCAAUCCGAGCUGAGGCGCUGACUUCCCUACUAGUAAUAAGUACUAACUUACUACUAUAGUACGGAGUAGUUACUUAGUUGCGGACCUCGGCACGUUCUCCGCCUUUUUCCCUCUCCCCGCGUUCCACCUCCAUCCAGAACAUCAUCAUCAUCAUCAUCUUCUUCUUCUUCUAUUUCAUUCAUCUUUACUCCUCUCAAUCCUAAUUUCUUUCUCAGUCUUUUCUCUCUACACGGUCUCUCGAUCAUCACUCACCCACUCACACUAUCAAAAUGUCUCAAUCCUUUACUCCUGCCGACGUUGCCUCGCACAAUACCCCAGACAAGGGUCUCUACAUCAUUAUUGACAAUAAUGUCUUCGACAUCACCAGCUUCAUUGAUGAGCACCCCGGAGGCGCCAAAAUCCUUAAGCGUGUUGCAGGCAAGGACGCUACAAAACAGUUUUGGAAGUAUCACAAUGAGGGUGUGUUGAAGAAGUAUACACCUAAGUUGAAGGUUGGGGAGGUCAAGGAGGCCGCCAAGCUGUGAACUCAGCACCAGACAGAUCUCCACAAUGAUCUGACCCCCCGCGGAUUUCGACGGUCAACAAUCGCAGUCCAUCACUUACAUGAAUAGAGGAGAAAGGCAUACACGCAUAUAAAGAUGGGCAGACCCACAAUGUCUGCUUACGUGGCAAUAUUUCGGCUGUAGAAGAAUCAUGAUGAGCAAUCACCGUGUAUAUAAUACCGUCCAUUUUAGGCCAGGGUUGCUUGAUGUUUGCUUCUGGGGGUACACAUUCUAUUCUUACGCUUACGUCGAGCAACAUCAUGAUUCUAUUUUCUAUGUCAAAUAUAUAGUACCACCCAGCGACGCUAGUCACUGGAUGUGACACUUUAGAUCAGGCCUAAUCGCAACGCUAUAUCCAUCAAAUUGACUUACU